GGAGCUUUUCACAAAACAGAAGUUAAACUAGACCAUUUCAACAGUUUAUUCACUUCACUGGUUUCUUCAGGAGAGUCUUCCAAACUUCUACUCUAUGAAAUACAAACAUUUUUAAAAUGAUCUGUGGAGUGAAGAUCAUUUUUCUUAUGGCUGCUACUUUCUCCCUGAAUUUCGAGCUCUGUUUUUGCAUGUGUGCCCGAGCUGAGUAUGAGAUAAAUGGAGAAUGCUGUCCCAUGUGUUCAUCUGGGAACCAUGUUUACAGACACUGCACUGAGGACACCAGCACUGCCUGUGUUCCAUGCCAUCAUUCAGCUUUCAUUGAUGCACCAAACGGACUCAUAGACUGCUUUAGCUGUACAGUGUGUGAUCCUGUGUUGUUCACAGGUCAGGGUUUAAGAGUAAAGACUCCCUGCACUCGAUCAUCAGACACAGUCUGUGAGCCACUAGAUGGAUAUUACUGUACUGAUCAGCACAGAGGCGGCUGUAUACUAGCACAGAAACACACAAACUGCAGCCCUGGACAAUAUAUAAAGCAUAAAGGAACAGCGUUUAAAGAUACCGAAUGUGCUGAAUGCUCAGAUGGAACCUUCUCAAAUGGUUCUCUUCUCUUCUGCCAACAACAUUCAAAAUGUGAAGAGCUGGGACUUAUAGAAAUAAAGGCAGGAACGUUUUCUUCUGAUGCUGACUGUGGAACCAAAACUCCAGCUGGUCUGAUUGUUGGAAUUAUUAGUUUUGUUGUCAUAGUUGUGGCUGGAGGAGUUCCAGUUAUUGUUUGUCUAAAACUACAGGAAGCCUGUCCAAUGUGCAGGAAGCCUCACCGACCACUAAAUAGAAUUUGGGGAGAAGAAGAUGAACUCAAAUGAAUCUCCAGCCAGAUUGUGAGCACAGUAACUUGAAAGUUUACAUUAUAGGUCAUUUUACUAAAUUUGAAAAUAAAUACAUGUAUAUUUAUGCAAAAUAUUGAGGUACUGCCUAAUAAAAGGACAUAAUUCAAGUAA